GCACUCUAAAAACAGUCGAGCCGAAGAUGGCGACUUGUGAGCGGCGGUGUUCGCGCGGUGUUUAGGUCGGGAGAGAGUAAGAGAGGGUACCAUGUUGCCGCGGUCGCAGUGUCCGCAGUGUUUCUGUGAUCCGCGUUAGGCUCGGUGCAAAUGUAGGAAUGUCAGAGGCGAAACGGGUACCCCUGCAGACCCUGGAGUUCCCGGAGUCCCUGGGCCACGCGACGAAGAAGGAGAAAAAGGGGAAUAUGGGCAAGCAGCUCGCGCCCUCCUUCCGCUUCACGCUCACCCUGCCUGAGUCGAACGAGAAGACAUGCCCCGAGUUCAACUAUGCACAGCUCCUCAAAACGGCCGAGAAAAAACGAAGAAAAGAUCAAAAGGAUGGGGAUGAAAAUGCGACCAACGGAUUGGACCCAUACGAUGAUGAUGAUGAGGAUAAGCUUAGAGACAUGGCAAAACGAUUCGAAGCGAAAUAUGGAACAUCUACUACGGGGAAAAAAAAGCACAAAUACGAUGAAUACGUGGAUUUAGGCGCAGGAUAUGACGAAAACGAUUCCUUUAUCGACAAUACUGACGCUUAUGAUGAAAUCGUACCCGAAGAAAUGACUACAGCGCACGGAGGUUUCUACAUUAAUUGUGGGGCCCUUGAAUUUAGAGCAGCUGAUAGACAUACGUUAGUUCAUAAUAAUAAUAAUAACAACAAUAGUGACGAUGAGGAAAGCAGCGAAAGCAGCGAGGAAGACACCGAAGAUGUAGAUAGCCCUAAAAGAAUAGAUAAGCGAAUCAUUAGUUCAUCUGAUGACGAUGAGACAGAGGAUAUUACCAGUGAUAACCCGCGAAAAAGACGGAAAGUUGAAGAAAGCGGUGAAAAGAAAAGUAACCACGAAAAUAACAAAAAACGGAAAAAACCAUCAAAUCAUCAAACUCAAGAUGCACAACAAAAUUCUCAACAAGAUUUAGAUCUUUUGAGACGGAAAGAGAAGAAUGAGACUACAGAUGCUGAGGGUGGCACAGCUUCAGAAGAUCAAGAGGAGAAGAAAAAGCCCGAUAAAUUAGAAAAAAAUAAGAUAAAUGAGAAAAAGUUUGAUCUAAAGAAAUUCGAGAAGAAAUCGUCCAAUAGUAAUGGAUACGAUGCGAAAAAAAUAGAUUUAAAAAGAUUGUGUGGUAAAGAUAGCAACAUUGACGAUGCGAUAGAAAGCGUCGUCAACGCAGCUAGAGGAGUCGAAGAUGAUUCGAGUCGUGAUACAACGGAUUCGGGAAAAUCUCGCGUUUGUCUUUAUGUCGAAUCUGACGGAGAGGAGAUAGAAAAUAAAGAAGCGUCUUUGCCUGAAAAUCUUCCCGAGGAUAUAAAAGAAAUAGUGAAUAAAUUAAAGGUUCAAGCGGAGAACAGCAAAGACAGCAAGAGCAAGUUUUUCAAUAGCGCGAUUAACGAAGUACUUUUUAAUCUAGAGAAGAAACUACGAAUGUUGAAUUUGCCUAGCAUAAGAUUACAAACUUAUGGUCAUCUAGUGCGUUUUUUGCCCUGUAGCAAGAUUACUCUUCUCAGUAGGGCUAAGAAGCUUUAUUUAAAAGAUGCUGAACACAGAGUGAAUGAACCGAUGCAAAAAUUAAAAGCACUGAUUGAUAAUGUCAUGCCAUCAGUUAUGGACAAAUACAUGAAGGAGUGUCAGAAAGUUGCUGAUGAAAAUCCUCAAUUAUACUGGGAGAUAUAUCGGUACUGUUGGGGCUUUGAAGGAUCUCCUGCAGAUGCAGAGAGUAGCGAUGACGAAGAUGGUUCCUCUAAAAAUACAGAAAAACCGAAAAUACCACGAAAACGAUUUCCAUGGACUGAUGAAGCCAAGAAACUAGUCCUUGAAAUUGCUAAUGCCAGGAGACAUUAUUUCAAAAUUCUCAGACCAAGAAAGGAGAGUAUGGAAUCGUUUGUUGCCACCUUUAUGGAUACUAAUGUUUUGCCAUUGUGGCCAACUGGUUGUGUACGAUUGCAGACUUUGUUAAAAUAUGCUAGUCCUGUUGAACCUGUCAUUAAGAAGAAAUUGAAAAAAUCAAAAGAACUGGCCAAUGCAAAUAAUGUUGCCACUUCUGGGAAUAUUCAAAUUUGCAAUUCCGUUGCAAAGAAUGAUAUGGCAAACGCGAAUAAUGUUCCAUCUCAAGAAAGCGAAAAGACAAAUGUAUCCAAAAUUCAAAUUAGUGGUGAAAAUUCAACGAACUUUGCAAGUCAAGCGAUAGCGAAAUCUAACGACAUCAGUGCCGAUAAAAAGCAACAUAGUAGUAAACAUAAAGAUAAACAUGUGGAUAAUAAUGCGAGUCAGCAACAGGAAAGCGCUAUUGUCACCAUUAAUAAUUCUACAGUUGGAAAAAUUUCCGUCGUACCUACAGCACAACUAAUGGCUCAAAAACCAGCUAAGAGUCAUAUUGAAAAAUUUAAUCUCAUGGAUCUAACCAGCAGCUCUCUAUCCAUCACACCUGUUAAUGAUUAUCAUAAAUCAUCAGCAAAAACAACCGAAACGAAGAAGGAUGUAGUUUCCAUUACAGCAUGUCCGGAACCCGUGAGUCAUUCUAAACCAAACGAAAUUUCUCAAACUGGACAUCAUUCCAUGUAUAGACAAGAUUCCUAUUCGUCAGCACAGGUAUUGAAGCACAGGUUCCUGCAGGAGAAUGCUGACGCUAAAUGCGAAAAGAGAUUAGACGAUAAAGAUGUUGACACGAUGGUUAAUAAGACUGACAAGAAGGACAAGAGAAGGGAGCGAUGUGUAGAGGUUAAGCACAAAUUGUCACACGACCCGAAAAAAAGGAAGAAGGAUCAGAAGGUGAUUGAGAUAGGGCCUAUUACCCAAGAUGUAGUGCCUAUGCCACAGCAAACGACCCUUUCAAAGGAGGAACAAGAACAAAGACAAAAUGAGGAAACGAUCGCUGCAACUAAUUUCCUCAGCCAGAUCAUAAAUGAUGAUUCUUCGCCGCGGGGAUUAACGGAUAAACGGAAAGACGGUUUUAUUACAGAUGAUGCUUUAGGAAAUAUGGUACAACCGACAGAGCAGGAAAAAGAUGUUCAGAUGGUAAUGAGAUCGUUAAAGGAAUUGCAAGAGUUACAAGAAAUGAAAUACUCCCCCAGUAAUUCGCCAGUCAGUAAUACCACUCAAAAGCCUGGUAAAUCAAACGCAUCGUACAUUACUUAUCAGGAGGAAUAUCAACGAUUAUACCUCAAGAAGGAGGAUAAGGUAAGAUCUAAGGAAGAAGCGCAAUGGUAAAAAUGAUAUCCGUUUGAAGCGUGAAUUAUGAACACUUGCGACGAUUAGUUAUUAUUUUCACGAGAGAUAAUAGGCGGGACUCUCGAUAUUUAUAUAAUUGUUUCUUUUCAUAUAAACGAUUGAGCGAAAGCUGACCGGAACUUCUUCCAUUUAUACGCCACUAUUGGUGAAAAAGAGCAUGCAACAGUCGAAUAUAGCAAUCAUAUUGUGUGCGGCGUAAGAAUUUUGAAAUAUUUUCAAAUAAAAACCGCCAAAUUAUGUAUAUAAUUCGCUAGCGGUAGUGUCGGUUGUAUAUGUACAGAGCAACUAUAAAUUAUAAAACUCUAGAGUAUUCGAAAGAAGUGCGAAGACUGAGCGAACAACGAGUGAACAGCAAACGUGAAAUUAUAUAUAUUUAAAGUUUUCUUUCAUGUAUUACUUUAUAAUCAGACAUGAAUUAAAUGCUACCGAAACAUUUUGUUUGCAUUCGUUUUGGCAUAUGUAUUUGUAAAACAUCUGUAACGAAAAUUGUCACACUUGCUGUUCGUUUCUAAUUCGUUCAGUGUACAUACAUUUUAAUAAAUAUCUGUAUAUAAGUGAGCAGCGCGUCCAAUCGUCUCCGUGAAUUGGGUGGUCUACAUAAAUUUUAUUUUCAUUCAUUCGACGAAUCGCCUGAUUUUUUUAUUGUGAUUUUUUACCGAUUAUCCAGUAACUGAUGUCUAUAUAAUAUUCUCAGCUACGCAUAUGACACUUUGUUUUAAUUAUAAACAUAGGCAUUAAGUGCUUCCUUUUUUUUUUAAUAAAUACUGCCACAAUGUGGGAGGGGCGGAUUAUUAAUGUAAUACAGUAACCGUUUACUUUAUAUCUUAUAUUUUUUGACCACCCUGUGUCACAGAGCGAGAAAAAGGUGUAUAUUGUUCCUUUUUGCGUUUCAACUGUUAUUAUCAUCAUAAUAUAUGUUAUACGUCAACAAAGAGGGAGAACAAAGUUCAAUUUGGAAUAUAUGUUCUGAAAAUUUAAUGAAAUUAUAUUAUUGCCUUCCAAAUUUUUAUGGAUAAGAAACAGAUAAGCGAUUGUAUGGAACUAAUCAAAAUGAAACCAUAGUAUCAGAUUUCUGUUAUUGCAAGAGUAAAAAGUCAAGGUACAAUAAGAUACUUCCACUAUAUUAUCUUUAUGCUGAAUUUUUUUUUUUUUAACAUCACAAUAAAAUAUUUG